AUGUCGUCGACUACUUCUGAUUUACCCUGUCAAGGCUCAGCCAACUACCACUCGCUGCUGCGGCUGAACCACCCGUACAUCGUCAAGGUAUUCGAUGUGUACGAGGACUCUUCGAACUUCUACGUAGUCAUGGAGUACUUGGCGGGGGGUGACUUGCGCUCACUGCUCUCGCAGGAAGGCAGCUUCGACGAACAGGUUGCCGCCAAAGCUUCGAAAGCGCAGGAAGCCAUGUAUCUGAGCAGCACGCAAAGCAUAGUCGGCUCGCUAUCUUACAUGGCACCCGAGGUGCUGAAGCGGCAAUACAACGAAAAAAUCGACAGCUGGUCGUUGGGCGUCAUCCUUUACACGAUGCUCCUCGGCCGCUACCCUUUCAAUGAAACGCGCAACGACUCAAUCAACCAUUAA